UAAACUCCUCUGUCAGCCUGUAAACAUUACCUGCGAAUUCCCCAGCCGAAACGGCGGCUGGGGCAAGAAACUUCUUGUUAGAACUUCCCACCUCCGGCUUCUCCUCCACCCGCCUUACUGUCCCAACCUUCUGAGACGCUUUUUCUCCUCCCCAGGAGGAUUUAUCUUUUUUUUUUUUCCCGUUCUUCUUUUUCUCACCGGGUGCUUUGCAUUUGAGAAGAAGUGAUUUCAAGAGUGGCCAGGUGGGACGCCUCUCUCCCCCUCAUUCAGUUUAUUUAUAUAUUUUUUGAGGUGUUUUAUUUUUUUUUUCCAUUCCUGUUCGGUCCGGGGAGUUUCACCCCACGCCCUGCCCGGCUCCGCGGCGCGGAGGAUGGUGUGGAAAUGGCUGGGCGCGUUGGUGGUGUUCCCUCUGCAGAUGAUCUAUCUGGUGGCGAAAGCAGCCGUCGGACUGGUGCUGCCCGCCAAGCUGCGGGACCUGUCUCGGGAGAACGUCCUCAUCACCGGCGGCGGCAGAGGCAUCGGGCGCCAGCUCGCUCGCGAGUUCGCAGAACGCGGCGCCAGAAAGAUCGUUCUCUGGGGCCGGACGGAGAAAUGCCUGAAGGAGACGACGGAGGAGAUUCGGCAGAUGGGCACGGAAUGCCACUACUUCAUCUGUGACGUGGGCAACCGGGAGGAGGUGUACCAGACGGCCAAAGCCGUCCGGGAGAAGGUGGGUGACAUCACCAUCCUGGUGAACAACGCCGCCGUGGUCCACGGGAAGAGCUUGAUGGACAGCGACGACGACGCCCUGCUCAAGUCCCAGCACAUCAACACCCUGGGCCAGUUCUGGACCACCAAGGCCUUCCUGCCCCGCAUGCUGGAGCUGCAGAACGGCCACAUCGUGUGUCUCAACUCCGUGCUGGCCCUGUCCGCCAUCCCCGGCGCCAUUGACUACUGCACCUCCAAGGCCUCGGCCUUCGCCUUCAUGGAGAGCCUGACCCUGGGGCUGCUGGACUGUCCAGGUGUCAGCGCCACCACCGUGCUGCCCUUCCACACCAGCACCGAGAUGUUCCAGGGCAUGAGGGUCAGGUUCCCCAACCUCUUCCCACCUCUGAAGCCAGAGACGGUGGCCCGGAGGACAGUGGAGGCCGUGCAGCUCAACCAGGCACUCCUCCUGCUCCCGUGGACGAUGCACGCCCUCAUUAUCUUGAAAAGCAUCCUCCCACAGGCCGCCCUGGAGGAGAUCCACAAAUUCUCAGGAACCUACACCUGCAUGAACACUUUCAAAGGACGGACAUAAAGGCACGCUCGGAAGCCACAGAGCCUGCAGGGACCGUGGCCACCUGGGCACACUUCUGCGGGGUGAGCAGGACUGCCCCCUCCCAGGGAAGAACCUGCCUGCCCCCUAAGCCAGCCACAGGACCUUUGCACAGGACGGACAGGCAUGACUCCGACCCCCAUGGGGAGGCAGGAAACCAGCCAGCAGCCGUCUUGACGCUUUUGUACAUUUCUAAUUCUGUAGAGUUUAUUGUUAAAUUGCUUCUCAAGUCUAAUCAGCCUCAGCAGCGUGCAAAGACUAUUUUCUGGGGGGGGAGGAUCUGGGCGCAGGUGCUCCCCCUUUCCCUCCAGAACCCACUCAUCCUCAGCUUCUGCAAACCGGUGGAGCGGCAGGAACGGAAAAUAAAGAGAUGGCUUUUGCGA